AUGGUUCUUCGUUAUGAAGGCUCCACUAGUUUCUUUCGAAGGAAAGUUCCUGAAGUUCCUUUGUUCAAUAUCCAAGAAAUUCGAGAAGGCGAGAACUGUUUCACAAAAAGGUUGAAGGGAGUUGAUAAAGAAUGCUGUUUCGGUGUUGUUGUUGGAGGGCGUCACAAACUUAUUACAUUACUGAGUCCUUCCACACAGAUUCGAGAUAUGUGGGUGCGAGGUCUUCGCCAUCUUAUUGACUCUGAAAAGAAUGCACAGCAAGAGCGUGAAUAUGACAGAUGGAUUAAAGAUGCUUUUAUGACAGCAGAUAAAAAUGAAGAUGGAGAAAUAGAUUUUGAAGAAUGCGUGAAACUUCUGAAGAAACUGAAUGCUGGUAUGAAGAAAAAAUACAUUAAACAAAUCUUUAAUCAAGCAAAUACAGACAAGAAAGCAAAUCGUUAUGGAAAGCAAACUUUAGACAAAGAAGAGUUUGUGACAUUCUAUCAUCUUCUUACAAAAAGAAAUGAACUUGAAGAACUCUUUAAAAGCCUAUUCCCAGAAUCCAGUUAUGUUCGUGGGAAAUCCUUCCUUUCGCCAGGUGAUUUGCUUAAGUUUCUUAAGCAGCAGCAAAAGGAAAAGAAUGUGACAGAAGAAAUGUGCAAAGAGUGGAUUCAGAAAUUUGAACCAGAUCCUUGCUACAAACAGCAAAUAAAACUCAGUUUAUUGGUCAAAACAAAAACAAAAUGCAGCUUAAGGUUUCUAUUCCUCCCCUCUUCCUUCUCUUUUUGCCCUCGCCUCUUCCUUCUCUUUUUGCCCUCGCCUCUUCCUUCUCUUUUUGCCCUCGCCUCUUCCUUCUCUUUUUGCCCUCGCCUCUUCCUUCUCUUUUUUGCCCUCCCUCUUCCCUCUUCCUUCUCUUUUUGCCCUCGCCUCUUCCUUCUCUUUUUGCCCUCGCCUCUUCCUUCUCUUUUUCCCUCUUUUUGCCCCUCUUCCUUCUCUUUUUGCCCUCGCCUCUUCCUUCUCUUUUUUGCCCUCGCCUCUUCCUUCUCUUUUGCCCCUCGCCUCUUCCUUCUCUUUUGCCCUCGCCCUCUUCCUUCUCUUUUUUGCCCUCGCCUCUUCCUUCUCUUUUGCCCUCGCCUCUUCCUUCUCUUUUUUGCCCUCGCCUCUUCCUUCUCUUUUUGCCCUAGCCUCUUCCUUCUCUUUUGCCCUCGCCUCUUCCUUCUCUUUUGCCCUCGCCUCUUCCUUCUCUUUUGCCCUCGCCUCUUCCUUCUCUUUUUGCCCUCGCCUCUUCCUUCUCUUUUUGCCCUCGCCUCUUCCUUCUCUUUUUGCCCUCGCCUCUUCCUUCUCUUUUUGCCCUCGCCUCUUCCUUCUCUUUUUGCCCUCGCCUCUUCCUUCUCUUUUUGCCCUCGCCUCUUCCUUCUCUUUUUGCCCUCGCCUCUUCCUUCUCUUUUGCCCUCGCCUCUUCCUUCUCUUUUGCCCUCGCCUCUUCCUUCUCUUUUUGCCCUCGCCUUUCUUUUCUUUUGCCCUCGCCUCUUCCUUCUCUUUUGCCCUCGCCUCUUCCUUCUCUUUUUGCCCUCGCCUCUUCCUUCUCUUUUUUCGCUUCUUCUCUUCUUCUUUUUUGCCCUCCGCCUCUUCCUUCUCUUUUGCCCUCGCCUCUUCCUUCUCUUUUUGCCCUCGCCUCUUCCUUCUCUUUUGCCCUCGCCUCUUCCUUCUCUUUUGCCCUCGCCUCUUCCUUCUCUUUUUGCCCUCGCCUCUUCCUUCUCUUUUUGCCCUCGCCUCUUCCUUCUCUUUUUGCCCUCGCCUCUUCCUUCUCUUUUUGCCCUCGCCUCUUCCUUCUCUUUUUUUGCCCUCGCCUCUUCCUUCUCUUUUUUGCCCUCGCCUCUUCCUUCUCUUUUUGCCCUCGCCUCUUCCUUCUCUUUUUGCCCCUCGCCUCUUCCUUCUUUUUUUGCCCUCCUUCCUCUUCCUUCUCUUUUUGCCCUCGCCUCUUCCUUCUCUUUUUGCCCACCGCCUCUUCCUUCUCUUUUUUGCCCUCGCCUCUUCCUUCUCUUUUUGCCCUCGCCUCUUCCUUCUCUUUUUUUGCCCUCUUCUCUUGCCCCUUCUCUUUUGCCCUCGCCUCUUCCUUCUCUUUUUGCCCUCGCCUCUUCCCUCUUCCUUCCUUCUCUUUUUGCCCUCGCCUCUUCCUCUUUUGCCCUCGCCUCUUCCUUCUCUUUUUGCCCUCGCCUCUUCCUUCUCUUUUUGCCCUCGCCUCUUCCUUCUCUUUUUGCCCUCGCCUCUAAAAUUAUGGAUGUUAGCUUUUGA